AUGCUCCAACAUCUUCUCACAGCCGUCGGCAUCCUCUCUAUCGCAACCGAUGCACAAACGCAGCCCCGGCGCAGAUGCGCCUACGGAGACGACUGCUGGCCAGAUAUUCAAACAUGGAACGACUUCAACGCCACCGUUGGCGGAAGACUGAUUCGCUCCGUACCAUCCGCAGCAGUGUGCCAUACGGAGCGGUACAAUGCAGACAAAUGUACCGUGGCCAAGGAAAGUUGGCUGGAUAGUUUCUGGCGGACAAACCAAACAGGGGCAUAUUCUGCUACGGUAUGGGAAAUGGGAAAGACCGGACAGUGUUUCAUUAAUGCAUCCGUUAGCGCCCCGUGUGACCAAGGCAGAGUUCCGUAUUAUAUGGUUCGUGCGGCGAGUGUGGAGGAUAUCCAGGCCUCUGUGAAAUUUGCAAGCGAGAAGGAUCUCUUGCUCGUGACGAAGAAUACUGGACAUGAUCACCUUGGUCGUUCAAGCGGAAAGGGUUCGUUUGGAAUCUGGACCCAUAAUCUGAAGGGCAUCGAAUUCCACGAUUCGUUCGUACCACAGGAUGCACCAGCUAAUGCUACUGGUAUACCUGCGGUAACAUUACAGGCGGGUGAGCAAUGGUUCGAUGUAUACGAAGCCGCCGCCAAAAAAGGCGUGUUGGUCGUUGGAGGCUCAGCGCGCACAGUGGGUGCUGCUGGAGGCUAUGUGCUUGGGGGUGGCCAUUCGCCCUUUGCGCAUUAUUAUGGCCUUGCCGCAGAUAACCUUCUGGAAGUGUCCAUUGUUUCCGCUGAUGGUGGGCACCGGGUGCUUAAUGCCUAUACAGACCCGGAGUAUUUCUGGGCCAUCCGAGGAGGAGGUGGAAGUGCCUGGGGGGUUGUCACGUCGGUCACAUACAAAACUCAUCCAGUCCCACAGAACCUCAUAAUUGGACUAGUCCAACUCAACGCAACGAAUACAUCCAGCAUGAAACGUGUCAUAGCUGAAUCGGUCAAGCUGCUGCCAGCUAUCACAGAAGCGGGCUACAUAGGAUAUGGGGCGAUAGAAAAUGGUUUUGCUGCCAUCAUGCUUAAGCCGAACAGCACAAUUGCAGAUUUCAACCAAACAUUUGCUCCAUUCUUCAAUCUGUCUCGGCUUCCGGGGAUCCAAGGAGGGGUCACUGCAUAUCCAUCAACUUGGGACGGAUACGUAAAAGCCUUCCUUCGAGAUCCUAACAUUGGGACCAAUAUUCAGGAUACAUCCCGGCUAUUGACAACUGAGGUGAUACAAGAAAAGGCGGAACAGUUGGCAGAGUUCAUAGUAGAUAACAAGCAAGGAGCAGGGUUUAAUUUCAUUGGAAAGGUCAACAAUGGCGAGCGCGAUCACACCGCUGUCCAUGAUGUCUGGAAACACAGCCACGGCCUCCUGAGCGUGUCGGUGGACUGGGCAGAUACAGCCACGGACAGCGAAAAACAGGAGAAGCGGCACCAGGCGGUGCAGCUGAGCAAACAACUUACAGAGAUAGUCGGCGCAGAGGGAGGGACGUAUGUGAAUGAAGCCAAUCCAUACGAACCUGACUGGCAAAAUGUGUUUUGGGGAAGGAAGUAUGACCGGCUGCUGGCCAUCAAGCAACGAGUGGAUCCUACACAGUUGUUUGUAUGUAAUCGCUGUGUCGGCACCGAUAUCGUGAUCCAGCCAUAA